AUGUCGUCCUUCGCCAAGAUGAUCUCCCUCGCAGCGCUAGUCGCUACCCUCCUUCCAUUCACUUCAGCCCACAGCUGGGUUGAGGAGUACCAAGUCAUUCAACCUGACGGCUCAUACGUCGGCGCCCGUGGCUACUCUCGUGGCUACCUCUCCCGAACCGACCCAGGCUACAACGGCAACAGCUUGAUGUGGAUGCUACCAGGCCUUAGUGCCCGCAACACUGACGGCACCACUCGUGUGCGCAUCGACAGCUCUGACCCCAUCUGCCACCCAGCUCAAAGGACCUCCAACUACACCUCCGAGUACCCCAAACUCAAGGUUCAGCCUGGUGACUAUGUCGCUAUGAAGUACCUCGAGAACGGCCACGUCUCACUUCCAUGGAACAUCACCGGCAAGCCCCCAGGCACCGGCACUGUCUUCGUUUUUGGCACCACUCAAGCUUCCGAUGAUGAGAAGAUUGUCGAUGUCAUGAACUGGAACAAGGACGGCUCAGGUGGCAACAAGAAGGGUUUCCUCAUGACCGCUCAGAACUUCGAUGACGGCCGCUGCACUCAGAUCAACUGCGGCAACAUCUCCGCUCAGCGCCAGAUGCUCGAGCCAAACCACGUCGCUGGUCAGCCUUCCUCGACCAUUGAGUCCUGGUGUGAGACCGACCUCAAGAUCCCCGAGAAUGUCAAGGCUGGCACUCUCACCACCUACUGGGUCUGGCAAUGGCCAACGGAGCCCAACCGAGACUGCAACACACCCGCCGGCAAAGAUGAGUACUACACCACCUGCGCCGACUUUGACGUUGUCGACUCCGGCGGCACCUCCAACAAAGCCGCAGCUCCCUUCUCCGCCUCCGCCGGCGAGAACCCCCAAUCCGUUGCAGUCAAGACCUUCAAGUCUCGCACGGCGUACACCAACCAACCCACCUUCGUCGCCAUGUCGAACAACAAGCUCGUCGGCGACCUCGCCACCGUCAACAAGGCCUUCGUCAGCUCCUGCAGCACCCAAGCUAGCGUCAUCUCCGCCAACAAUCUCGGCAUGUGGCCUCAAGUCUACGUCCCCAACACCUGCGACGUCGUCUCCACCUUCGGCCCCGCCGCUGCUUCUGCCGCCGCUGCCAAAUUCGGCCAGGCUGCGAGCUCAUACUCCGCACAAGCCACCGCCGCAUGGAGUGCCGCAUUCGCCAAAGCUAACAUGGCCGUCCCCUCCCGCGCUCCAUGGUCCCGAGCCCCACAGACCGGCGGUGCGCAGAUGACCGCCACGAGCGCACCAGCAGCAACAUCAGCUCCAAGCAACUACUCAGCACCCGCCGCCGCGCCCUCCGCAGCACCCUCAUCCUCUUCAGCCGCUGCCGCACCACCAGCACCAGCCCCUUCAAACGGCGCAAUCACCUCCCUCUACACCGUCACCACAAUCCUCACCCUCACAUCCACCCUCCCACCAGGCCAAGCCGCGCCCUCUCAACCGGCUGCUCCCGCCGCACCAGCAGACACCCUCUCAACCAUCACGACCGUCGGCUCCGCCGCCGCUGCGAUUCCCUCGAUCGCGGGCAAUGGCACGUUAGCAUACAGACGGCAUGCGAGGGAUGUUACUUGCUAA